AUGGCCCCAAAGAAUAAUGGUCCAGUUGCAACAGCCACGAAGUCGACCGAAGAUGCUUUGAAGCAAAAGGUUGGCGGGCAUCAUUGUGCUGGAAAUGUGCACACAAAUUUGCCAGUGUCAAAAGUAACUGUCCAUCCACUUGUGCUUUUGAGUGUUGUCGAUCAUUUCAAUCGUGUAAGUAAAACUCAAAACGUCAAAAGAGUUGUUGGUGUUCUACUUGGUUCGAUGAAAAAAGAUAAAACUUUGGAUAUUGGAAACAGUUUCGCUGUUCCAUUCGACGAGGAUGAGAAAGACAAAAAUACUUGGUUCCUUGACAUGGACUACCUCGAGAGUAUGUAUGGAAUGUUCUACAAGGUGGCCGCGAAGGAAAAAAUCGUCGGUUGGUAUCACACUGGGCCGAAACUUCACAAGAAUGACAUUGCUAUUAACGAGCAAUUGAAGAGAUUCACACCAAAUCCAGUGUUGGUGAUUAUUGAUGCUGAGCCAAAGACUAUUGGUCUUCCAACUGAGGCUUACAUUGAAGUUCAAGAAGUUCACGAUGACGGAACUCCACCAAUCAAGACUUUUGAGCAUGUGCCUUCGGAUAUUGGAGCCGAAGAGGCUGAAGAAGUUGGUGUUGAGCAUCUAUUGAGAGACAUCAAGGAUCAGACUGCUGGAACUCUUUCGCAAAGAAUUACCGAUCAAUUGAUGGGAUUAAGAGGGCUUGAGUCGCAGCUCGAAUCCAUUGAGAAUUAUUUACAAGAAAUCGUCAAAGGAACCCUUCCGGUUAAUCAUCAUGUCAUUUAUUAUGUUCAGGAGGUUCUCAACUUGCUGCCUGACGUCACUCAUCCGGAUUAUGUCGUCUCGCAAAAUAUCCAAACAAACGAUCAAUUGAUGUGCGUCUACAUGGGAUCGCUGGUUCGAUCAGUGGUUGCGCUCCACAAUCUUAUCGAUAAUAAGAUAUCGCUUCAAAAAGCUGAAAAGGAGGCUGAAAAUGGAGAAGCGGAGAAGGAGAAAGAAAAAAAGGAUGAAGAGAAAAAGAAAACUGAAAAGAAAGACAAAAAGGAGGAGAAGUCGAGCAAGAAAUAA